UCUUUUUUGGCUCAUUGGGUCUUUGCAAAUGUCACAAGAUUCUUCUCCCCAGGAGGAGAUAAAGGCCGCGAUUGAGCAGUGGCGUUGGUCAGAAAUGCAAGGCCUUGAGCUCCUCUCCGCCUCCUCCUCUCCUCCUCGCUCUGCCCUCCCCCACCCUCCAGCGGCGGCAGACCCCAAUUCGGCGCUCGAAUCAGCAGCUUCGGCCCGACAGAGCGUGCCCACAAAGGCAGGAGAAAUGGAUGCCGCCAAUACAGCUGCUGCUUGUGCCGGUGAUGGUGCUGCUGGUGCCGGUGCUGUUGUUUCUUCUUCUUCGUCGUCGUCGUCGUCAGCUGAGCACAAAAGGGAUGGCGGCAGCAGCAGCAGUGUUGCGGGUGGCGACGGCGAAGAGAAGCCGAAAGAUGUUCCUGCGGUUGGGUUCGGCGAGCUGUUCAGAUUCGCGGAUGGGUUGGAUUAUGUGCUGAUGGGGAUUGGGUCUCUGGGGGCGCUCGUACAUGGGUGUUCUCUGCCUCUCUUCUUGAGGUUCUUCGCCGAUCUCGUCAAUUCCUUCGGGUCCAAUGCCAACGACAUGGAUAAGAUGAUGCAGGAAGUCUUGAAGUACGCAUUUUACUUUCUGGUGGUGGGUGCUGCGAUAUGGGCUUCUUCAUGGGCAGAGAUAUCAUGCUGGAUGUGGACCGGGGAGAGGCAAUCGACCAAGAUGAGGAUCAAGUAUCUGGAAGCUGCCCUGAACCAAGACAUAGAGUACUUCGACACGGAGGUUCGCACCUCCGACGUCGUCUAUGCCAUCAACACCGACGCCGUCAUGGUCCAGGACGCCAUUAGCGAGAAGCUGGGGAAUUUCCUACAUUACAUGGGGACGUUCGUCUCCGGCUUUGUGGUGGGAUUCACGGCCGUGUGGCAGCUGGCUCUGGUCACCCUCGCCGUGGUCCCUCUAAUCGCCGUCAUUGGCGGGAUCCACACCACCACUCUGGCCAAGCUCUCCGCCAAGACCCAAGACGCUCUCUCGCAAGCUGGGAAUAUCGUCGAACAGACGGUGGUGCAAAUACGAGUCGUUUUGGGCUUCGUGGGGGAGUCGAGAGCACUCCAAGCGUAUUCCACUGCUCUGAGGAGAGCGCAGAGGACCGGAUAUCGAACCGGGUUUGCCAAAGGAAUGGGUUUGGGCGCCACCUACUUCGUCGUCUUCUGCUGCUACGCCCUCCUUCUCUGGUACGGUGGUUACCUCGUCCGCCACCACUUCACCAACGGCGGCCUUGCCAUAUCCACCAUGUUCGCCGUCAUGAUUGGUGGCCUUGCAUUGGGGCAAUCGUUGCCGAGCAUGGGGGCGUUCGCCAAGGCGAGGGUUGCGGCUGCAAAGAUUUUCCGAAUAAUCGACCACGAGCCAAGCAUCGAUAGGAAUGGUGAGUCGGGUUUGGAGCUUGACUCGGUGACGGGACUGGUGGAGCUGAAGAAGGUGGAUUUCUCGUACCCGUCGAGGCCAGACGUUCGGAUACUCAACAACUUCUCUCUCACUGUGCCUGCCGGGAAGACGAUUGCUUUGGUUGGCAGCAGCGGGUCUGGUAAAAGCACGGUUGUUUCGCUGAUUGAGAGAUUUUACGAUCCCACUUCUGGGCAAGUCAUGCUGGAUGGGCAUGACAUAAAGACACUGAAGUUGAGAUGGCUGAGGGAGCAAAUAGGGCUAGUAAGCCAAGAACCAGCUCUUUUCGCGACCACCAUCAAAGAGAACAUCUUGUUAGGCCGGCCCAACGCAAGCCAGGUCGAGAUCGAAGAGGCGGCCAGAGUCGCCAAUGCACAUUCCUUCAUCGUCAAGCUCCCAGAUGGCUUCGAUACACAGGUUGGGGAAAGAGGGCUACAGCUCUCAGGAGGGCAGAAGCAGAGGGUAGCCAUAGCGAGAGCGAUGCUGAAAAACCCAGCAAUAUUACUCCUAGAUGAGGCUACAAGUGCAUUGGACUCGGAGUCAGAGAAGCUUGUGCAGGAAGCCCUUGAUAGGUUCAUGAUUGGAAGAACGACCCUUGUGAUUGCCCAUCGCCUCUCCACCAUUUGCAAGGCUGACCUUGUGGCUGUACUUCAGCAAGGAAGUGUCACUGAGCUCGGAACCCAUGAUGAGCUCUUCGCCAAAGGAGAAAACGGAGUUUAUGCCAAACUUAUCCGAAUGCAGGAGAUGGCUCAUGAAACCGCCCUUAAUAAUGCAAGAAAGAGUAGUGCAAGGCCCUCCAGUGCAAGAAACUCCGUGAGCUCCCCCAUUAUUGCACGGAAUUCAUCAUAUGGAAGAUCACCAUAUUCUCGUCGCCUAUCAGACUUCUCAACCUCUGAUUUCAGUCUUUCUCUUGAUGCAUCUUACCCAAAUUAUAGGCUUGAGAAGCUUGCUUUCAAGGAGCAAGCCAGUUCCUUUUGGCGUCUUGCUAAAAUGAAUUCCCCCGAAUGGGUUUAUGCUUUAGUUGGGUCCAUAGGCUCUGUCGUUUGCGGCUCCCUCAGUGCCUUCUUCGCCUAUGUUCUAAGUGCUGUCAUGAGUGUCUACUACAACCCGGACCAUGCUUAUAUGAUUAGGGAGAUUGCAAAGUACUGCUAUCUACUGAUUGGUCUUUCAUCGGCCGCGCUUCUCUUCAACACCCUGCAACAUUUCUUUUGGGAUAUUGUUGGAGAGAACCUCACUAAACGGGUGAGGGAGAAAAUGCUGGCAGCGGUGCUAAAGAAUGAAAUGGCAUGGUUUGAUCAGGAGGAAAAUGAGAGUGCAAGGAUUGCAGCAAGGCUAUCUCUUGAUGCCAACAAUGUCAGGUCGGCGAUCGGAGACCGCAUAUCAGUGAUUGUGCAGAACACAGCCCUCAUGCUUGUUGCCUGCACUGCAGGUUUUGUCCUGCAGUGGCGCCUUGCCCUUGUCCUCAUUGCUGUCUUUCCAGUGGUCGUUGCAGCUACUGUUUUGCAGAAAAUGUUCAUGACUGGCUUUUCGGGAGACCUUGAAGCUUCCCAUGCUAAGGCCACACAACUAGCUGGCGAAGCAAUAGCCAAUGUAAGGACAGUUGCGGCCUUCAAUUCUGAAGCGCAAAUUGUGGGUCUUUUCUCCUUCAACCUUCAAACUCCGCUUCGGCGCUGUUUCUGGAAGGGACAGAUCGCUGGAAGUGGAUAUGGGGUGGCCCAGUUUGCACUCUAUGCUUCAUAUGCUCUUGGCCUUUGGUAUGCUUCAUGGCUUGUGAAGCAUGGGAUCUCUGAUUUUUCCAAGACGAUACGUGUCUUCAUGGUUCUCAUGGUCUCUGCCAAUGGAGCGGCAGAAACAUUAACUCUUGCUCCUGACUUCAUCAAGGGCGGUCGAGCCAUGAGAUCGGUAUUUGAACUGCUUGACCGGAAAACUGAGAUUGACCCUGAUGAUCCAGAUGCUACUCCAGUCCCUGAUCGCCUCCGUGGGGAAGUCGAGUUCAAGCAUGUGGAUUUCUCUUAUCCAUCCCGUGCUGAUGUGCCGAUCUUCCGUGAUUUGACUUUCCGAGCCCGUGCAGGAAAGACCCUUGCGCUUGUAGGCCCCAGUGGAUGUGGCAAGAGCUCGGUCAUUGCACUGAUCCAGAGGUUCUACGAGCCAAGCUCCGGGCGGGUCAUGAUUGACGGCAAGGACAUUAGGAAGUACAAUCUCAAGUCCCUACGGCGACACAUUGCGAUGGUUCCUCAGGAGCCAUGCCUUUUCGCUACCACCAUUUACGAGAACAUUGCAUAUGGGCAUGAAUCGGCCAAUGAGGCCGAGAUUGUGGAGGCUGCGACCCUAGCCAAUGCCCACAAGUUCAUAUCAGCGCUUCCUGAAGGAUACAAGACAUUUGUCGGUGAGAGAGGAAUUCAACUCUCUGGAGGAGAGAAGCAGAGGAUAGCCGUUGCUCGAGCGCUCGUGAGAAAAGCAGACAUAAUGCUGCUCGAUGAGGCGACCAGCGCGCUAGAUGCCGAGUCGGAGAGAUCUGUACAGGAGGCAUUGGACCGUGCUUGUGCUGGGAAGACAACCAUCGUGGUGGCCCACCGACUAUCGACCAUCAGGAAUGCCCAUGUCAUUGCGUUGAUCGAUGAUGGGAAAGUGGCAGAGCAAGGUUCGCAUUCGCAUCUACUGAAAAACUAUCCAGAUGGGUGCUAUGCAAGGAUGAUACAGCUACAGAGAUUCACUCACAGCGAGGUGAUCGGAAUGACGUCAGGCUCAAGCUCUUCGAGGCCGAAGGAAGAUGGGGAAAGAGAGGGCUGAUGAGUUUUGAUACCCAAGGGGAAUUUCUUUAUACCCCAUCAUAUGUUUUUGGAACUCUUUUUGGUUUUUUGGGGUUGAUCUCGUAUAGUAUAGUGAUGUGUAUCAUUAUCUAAUUGUUCUUAGCUAUAUAUGUUCUCACCAAUAUCUGAAAAA